UCUCAGCAGCAGCAGCAUCCAGGCAGCAUGAGGACAACUGCUCUGGUAUACCUGGCCGCAGUGCUUCUGUCGUCGGCAUGGGCAGGCGACACGAGCGCUGGUGAGGCGCCAGCCAAGAAGGACAAGCGGGGGAUCUUCACCGGCGAACACAGCUACAUCGGCGGAGGAGGCAUCGGUCUGGGCAGCAGCUACGGAGGACUGUCCGGCGGCAUCGGCGGAGGCCUGUCCAGCUAUGGUGGGUCCUACGGCUACGGCGGUGGCUACGGAGGAGGUUACGGCUACGGCGGCGGCUACGGCGGCGGCUACGGAGGCGGCUACGGAGGCGGCUACGGAGGCGGCUACGGUGGAGGAAUCGGACUGUCGUCUGGAUCCAUCGGGCUCGGCUCCGGAGGAAUCGGCUUGAGCUCUGGCGGAAUUGGCCUCGGCUCCGGAAUUGGACUCGGCUCCGGAAUUGGCCUCGGCUCCGGAAUUGGACUCGGCGCCGGUGGUCUCGGAGGUGGAGCCGGAGGAAUCGGACUGGGAUCAGGCGGUAUUGCCUCUGUCGCUGUUGCCCCGACGCAGACCGUCGUGCAGACCGUGAGGGUACCGCAGCCGGUCCCCGUCCCGGUGACUGUCAACCGCCCGUACCCGGUCCCGCAGCCGGUACCUGUCCCGGUAAACCGCCCGGUCCCCGUACCCCAGCCGUACCCCGUGCGAGUUCCCCACCCCGUCCCAGUCUCCGUGCCCCGACCUUACCCUGUGGAGGUGCCCCGCCCCGUGCCCGUGCCCGUUAACAGGCCCGUCCCCGUCCCCGUGCCCCAGCCUUACCCGGUCCGCGUUCCCCACCCCGUUCCCGUCGGAGUCCCCCAGCCCUACCCGGUCCGUGUGCCCGUCCCCCACCCCGUUCCCGUGCCUGUCUCGACCGGAAUCUCCAGCAUCGGAAUCGGUAGUGGAAUCUCCUCUGGCGGCAUUAUCUCUGGAGGUGGUCUCGGAGGAGGGCUCGGAGGAGGUCUUGGAGGAGGACUGGGAGGCGGCAGUAUCAUCUCCUCCGGCUCCCUGGGCGGUGGUCUGAUCGGUGGAGGGUACGGCGGAGGGUACGGCGGUUCGUACGGAUACGGCGGAUCCUACGGAUACGGCGGCUCGUCUGGUGGACUGAUCUCUUCGGGGCUCUCUGGAGGAGUCCUGAAGGGAACCUACGUCCCCAGCAUCGCCGGAGGCCUCAGUGGUGGCAGCCUGUACUCUGGUAGCCUCUCCUCCAGCUAUGGAGGUGGUUACGGCGGUGGCUACAAGAGCUACUACAAGCACUAG